CGGAGAAGUCACCCACUUGGCAGCCCCAGCGAGCCCCAGACAAGUGACCCACGAUGGAAAGUGCUGAGACCUCCAGGAGUAAUGGGUCGAUCCCAGAAGCCAGGGACACCCAGAGCCCGUCGGGUCCCAAUGGCAGCCUAGAGAAUGGUACUAAGGCCGAUGGCAAAGAUGCCAAGACCACCAACGGGCACGGCGGGGAGGUGGCCGAAGGCAAGGGCCUGGGCAGCCCCCUGAAGCCAGGGGAGGGGAAGAGCGCCCUGUUCGCAGGCAGCGAGUGGCGGCGGCCCAUCAUCCAGUUCGUGGAGUCCACGGACGACAAAAGCUCCAGCUACUUCAGCAUGGACUCAGCAGAAGGCCGGAGGUCGCCCUACGCCGGGCUCCAGCUGGGCGCCGCCAAGAAGUCGCCCGUCACCUUUGCCGAAAAGGGGGAGCUGCGCAAGUCCAUCUUCUCUGAGCCGCGCAAGCCCACGGUGUCCAUCAUGGAGCCGGGCGAGGUUCGGCGCAACAGCUACCCGCGGGCCGACUCGGGCCCGCUCCUGCGCUCCAAGUCGGGCUCUGAGGAGGUGCUGUGCGACUCCUGCAUCGGCAACAAGCAGAAGGCGGUCAAGUCCUGCCUGGUAUGCCAGGCCUCCUUCUGCGAACUGCACCUCAAGCCCCACCUGGAGGGCGCCGCCUUCCGGGACCACCAGCUGCUCGAGCCCAUCCGGGACUUCGAGGCCCGCAAAUGUCCCCUGCACGGCAAGACCAUGGAGCUCUUCUGCCAGACAGACCAGACGUGCAUCUGCUACCUCUGCAUGUUCCAGGAGCACAAGAAUCACAGCACGGUGACGGUGGAGGAGGCCAAGGCCGAGAAGGAGACCGAGCUGUCACUGCAGAAGGAGCAGCUGCAGCUCAAGAUCAUUGAGAUUGAGGACGAAGCCGAGAAGUGGCAGAAGGAGAAGGACCGCAUCAAGAGCUUCACCACCAACGAGAAGGCCAUCCUGGAGCAGCACUUCCGGGACCUGGUGCGAGACCUGGAGAAGCAGAAGGAGGAGGUGAGGGCUGCACUGGAGCAGCGGGAGCAGGACGCCGUGGACCAGGUGAAGGUGAUCGUGGACGCUCUGGACGACAGGGCCAAGGUGCUGCAUGAGGACAAGCAGACACGGGAGCAGCUGCACAGCAUCAGCGACUCGGUGCUGUUUCUGCAGGAAUUUGGUGCCUUGAUGAGCAAUUACUCACUCCCUCCACCCCUGCCUACCUACCACGUCCUGCUGGAGGGGGAGGGCCUGGGACAGUCUCUCGGCAACUGCAAGGACGACCUGCUCAACGUGUGCAUGCGCCACGUGGAGAAGAUGUGCAAGGCCGACCUGAGCCGCAGCUUCAUCGAGAGGAACCACAUGGAGAACGGUGGUGACCAUCGCUACAUGAACAACUUCGCAAACAGCUACGGGAGCGAGUGGAGCGCUCCGGACACCAUGAAGAGAUACUCCAUGUACCUCACACCCAAGGGUGGGGCGCGGACCUCGUACCAGCCCUCGUCCCCCAGCCGCCUCUCCAAGGAGACCAACCAGAAGAACUUCAACAAUCUCUAUGGCACCAAAGGUAACUACACCUCCCGGGUCUGGGAGUAUUCCUCUAGCAUCCACGGCUCUGACGACCUGCCUGCAGUCCAGGGCAGCUCCUCCUUCUCCCUGAAAGGGUACCCCUCUCUCAUCCGGAGCCAGGUGCCCAAGGCCCAGCCGCAGACCUGGAAGUCUGGCAAGCAGACUCUACUGUCUCACUACCGGCCCUUCUACGUCAACAAAGGCAACGGAAUGGGGUCCAACGAGGCCCCGUGAGCUCCGGCAGGAAGACAUGAGGCGGUGACCCUGCCCUCCCCGACCCUGCUGCCCUCGCUUCCUCAGCUGCUGUGCUCUUCUGGGGGGUCAGAGCCCAUCCUGCCCUGCCCCUGCCGACUGUGCUCCUGCUCCAUGGUCACCAUGUCCCUGUGCUCCAGGCCAACCCAUCGCGAGGCGGGAGAGAGAUGGGGCUCCUCACUUCUGCCUCCUCCUGGGCUGCGUCGCUGGCGCCAGCGGAGGGUGCUGUCCUGUCUGUGCCAGCCCACAGACCCCUCCCCCGCCCCCGCCUG